CCAACACCCCCAGCGCAUCCCCCCCGGAUAGCCAACCCAGCCAUACCACCACAACCACCACCACCAAACAAAAUGCAACCCAUCAAAAAACAAUGGUGGAACUGGAACUGGAACCGCUGGACCUUCCAUCCCAAAAUACACAUGCGCCCCCCGGACGACGACGACCCGCAAGACUGGUGGUUCGCGUCGACCGCCAUCCCGCUCAUCUCGGCCGCCACGAGCCCGCUCGCGAACGUCAUGUCGAUCGUGGCGCUCGCCAUGCGCUGGCGCUGUAAUGUGCAUUUUGAUCGCAGUGAUCGGUUGGGGGAUCCGGUGCAGACUACGUAUGGGGAUCCGGGGUGGUGCAUCGCGUUGAACGCCAUCUCGCUGGUGUGUGGGUUAGCAGGGAAUGUAUUCCUGUUGUUCAAUUUCACCAGAGUCGUGCGGUAUAUUGUUGCGUUGCCGGUGUCGAUCGUGUGUUGGGUUUUGGCUACUGCUACUCUAGUCUCCAGCAUAACAGCAAUGCACAUCUACGCGCCCCCCAUCCCCCCCUCCCAAACCUACUCCCAAGCCUACUGGAGCGCCGUCAUCGCCUCAAGCCUCUACUUCCUCCUCGGCGCACUCCUCCUCAUCAACCUGCUGGGCUACAUCCGCGGCCACUACCCCCAGCACUUCGCAUUAACAGACUCGCAACGCACGCUCAUCCUGCAGACAACAACCUUCGUCAUCUGGCUUCUCAUCGGCGCGGCCGUCUUCCACCGCGUCAUCGACAUCUCCUUCGCCGACGCGCUUUACUUCUCGGAUGUUACUAUCUUGACCCUCGGGUUCGGCGAUAUCCCGCCUACGACGGCUGCGGCGAAGGCGCUGGCGCUGCCGUAUGCUGUUAUGGGGAUUAUUAUCCUGGCGCUGGUGGUGGCGAGUGUGCAUCGCUCUGUGAGGGAGGUGAAGCACAAUAACGUUGUGAUGAAGCAUGCUGAGCGGCGGAGGCAGGCUGCUCUAGAGCACUUUCGGUCCCUACACAACAAUCCUCAACAGGGUAAACAUCCCUCCUCACAGGGAGUCCCACCCCAAGCAACAGCAACAGCAACAGCAACGCCAGGAACCGAACCCGAAGACAAAGCCCGCUUCCACGCCAUGCGGUCCAUCCAAAACAACACGUCCCACUUCCGCCGCUACUUCAACCUGUCCCUCAGCAUCCUCUCCUUCAUGGUGGUGUGGACCAUCGGCGCCGUCGUCUUCUGGAGCAUCGAAGCGAGCCAGGGUCUGAGCUACCAGGAAGCGCUGUACUUCGGGUUCUGCUCGCUGCUGACCAUCGGGUACGGGGAUAUCACGCCGCGGACGAAUGCGGGGAAGCCGUUUUUUGUGGUCUGGUCGCUGGUCGCUGUGCCGACUAUGACGACGCUGAUUGCGGAGAUGGGCGAUACAGUUGUGGAUGGGUUUAAGAGGGGGAUGGAUGUUGCGGGGGAUUGGACGGUGUUGCCGCAUCCGGGGCAGUAUAGGGCUUUGUUUAGGACCCCCCAAAUCAACCCCCCCAUCCUCGUCCACCAACUAGCAAUCACCAUCCAACGCGUCACAAAAGACGCCACCCUCGCCUCCCCAUUCACCUCCACCUCCACCCCCAAACAAUACACCUACACCCAGUGGACCGUCUUCAAGCGGCUCAUACAGAGUUCCGGCGCGGCCGCUUGGGCCGCUUCCACCCACACCAACACCCGUGCCUCUCUCCCGCCUGACGAUCGGCGGGAAGAGUUUAAGCGGAAGGAGGACGCGUAUGGGUUGUUGGACUGGGAUUGGAUUGGGGUGGAGAGUCCGAUGAUGGCGGGGCGGACGGAGCCGGAGUGGGUGCUGGAUCGGUUGUGUGAGAGUUUGGUGAGGGUUGUGGAUUUGGGGAGGUCGAGUGUUGCUUUGUCGGGUACUGCUGAUGCUGAUACUGAUGCUGAUGCUGCUGUGGAUUAGGAUGAUGGAGAUAGAUAUUUAUGAAUGUAUUUAUUGAUGUAUUUAUG